AUGGACAGUGACUUCACUUUCACACUCCCCCCUGGUAGAAAAGAGUGUUUUUUCCAAACCAUGAAGAAAGAUGCCUCUCUGGAGAUCGAAUACCAGGUAUUGGAUGGGGCAGGUCUCGAUGUGGAUUUCUACAUUGCCUCACCUACAGGUCAAGUAUUGUUCAACGAUUACCGCAAAUCAGAUGGCGUGCACACUGUUGAGACUGAGGAAGGAGACUACAUGUUCUGCUUUGACAACACAUUCAGUGCUGUCUCUGAGAAGAUUAUUUUCUUUGAACUAAUCCUCGACAAUAUGGAAACUGAUGAAGACCCAGAAGACUGGAAGGAGUAUGUCCACGGGACAGACAUGCUGGACAUGAAGCUGGAAGACAUCAUGGACACAAUCAACAAUGUGAAGGCUCGGCUGUCAAAAAGUGUUCAUAUUCAGAUUUUGCUGAAAGCCUUUGAGGCCCGUGACAGGAACCUUCAGGAAACCUUUGGGAUGGGUGCUGACACUGAGGCAGACUCCUCUGUACCUUGGAGGAAGGUGCUGUGGGAGCGUCAGCCAUUUCCUGAUAACUAUGUGGACCAGCGCUUUCUGGAGGAGCUGCGGCGAAACGAGGGUCUGCAUCAGUACCACUAUUGGACUGUGGUUAAGGAAACGGCAAUUGUUGGGCAGCAGCUGUCUUGUGUUGCCAUUUUUAUAACAUUAUGGCUCCACAUGGAGCAGGGUUUACUGGCACCUGAGACACUCUUGUGGACAAGCCUUCUGACUGCUCUACUGGGCUAUGGACUCUAUAAUCUUUUAACCCAUCUGAUGUCAUUCCCGUACACACAGCCCUCUCCUCCCAGCAGCCUCUCUCUGAAUGCAGCUCUGUUUGCCUCUGUGUGUUUGGCCUCCAGGCUGCCCGGAGCGCUGCAUACUUUUGCAAUGCUUAGCUGUGCUCUUCUGGUGUUCGCCCUGUGGCCCUGCUUGCUACAGAAGAUGAGGGAAAGGACUCCUCACCACUUCACUGUGGUCUGUGUUGGAGUAUGUUUAGGAGGAGUAGCAGGAUUGGGAUCUCAGUCCUCCUUUGGUGCAGUGCUCCUGACAAUGGCCUUGUCCAGUGUGACUCUGCUCUGCCCCCUUUUGCUUGUCCGACUACAGCAGCAAAAGGACAAUAUUUCUGGACCCUGGGAUGAAGCCGAAAUCCAAGAAGAUAUAAGGCAGUUUGCCAAUUGA